AUGGGGUCGUCAUCAGGGAUAGCAGGCCUCAAGUGUAUCCAAUGGGUUUUGCGCGGAGUUCAAUUUGUCUGCUCGGUCGUGGUGCUAGGCAUUUACGCCUACUUUUUGGCCACCAUGAUUAAAGGAAAGAUGAGCGUACCGACCGGCGUCAAGGCCGUCGAGGGCAUUUCGGGUAUCGGCACGGUAUAUACCAUUGUCGGACUCCUCUUGGUGUGCUGCUGCGCCGGCCACGCAGGCACCUCAUUUAUCGCCAUGGUUCUCGACACUGGUCUGAUUGGAGGUUUCAUCUACGUUGCCGUCGCAAACAAGGACGGUGCCAGCUCAUGCAGCGGGAGUAAUGUCAAUACCGUUUUCGGCUCAGGUGAUGCUGCCGCCACUCCAAGCGAUGCCGAGGGUAGCAUUGUCGGAAGCGUGGGAAUGUCUACAUUUCAAAUGACCUGUCGACUCGAGACAGUCUGCCUGAUUGCAGGUUGUGUUGCCAUGUAA